AUGUCACCGCCCAAGAGUCUACCAAAAUCAGCUGAUUCUGGUGACGCUACGACAGAAGUUCUCGUCCAGUUAAAUGACAGUCUCGUUGAGGAAAACUCUGACUGGUCUGAGGGUGAAGAUGCCGUUGCCAUUAGAGGCCUCCCCAUUGCUCAGCUUCCCUCCGGUCUGUGUUAUGACGUUCAGAUGCGCUACCAUUGUGAAGUGCGCCCAACGGCAGAUGUCCACCCAGAGGACCCGAGGAGAAUCUAUUAUAUUUACAAGGAACUAUGCCGAGCUGGGCUCGUUGACGACCCGGAGUCAUCCAGACCGCUUGUCUCACGACCUAUGAAACGAAUUAGUACGUCCCUGACUGAUUUGACAGAUAUGACUGAUGAUGAGCUUAUUGCGCUUGAACAUACUCGUGAUUCGAUAUACUUCAAUAAGUUAACCUUCGCAUCUUCAUUAUUGUCCGUCGGAGGCGCAAUUGAAACAUGCUUAGCUGUUGCCACACGGAAAGUGAAGAACGCUAUUGCUGUAAUCCGGCCACCAGGGCACCAUGCUGAACAUGACAAAACUAUGGGAUUCUGCCUGUUCAACAACGUAUCCGUAGCAGCUCGUGUAUGCCAGAAACAAUUAGGCGAUAAAUGCAGAAAGAUCCUCAUUCUGGAUUGGGAUGUUCAUCAUGGUAAAACAUCGACAAACAAUGCAUUCUACGAUGACCCUAACGUCUUAUAUAUCUCACUCCAUGUGUAUCAGGAUGGGAAAUUCUACCCCGGAGGGGACGAAGGCGACUGGGACCACUGCGGUACUGGUGCUGGCUAUGGGCGAAACGUGAACAUACCUUGGCCGAGCCAGGGAAUGGGUGAUGGCGACUACAUGUAUGCCUUUCAACAAGUUGUGAUGCCUAUUGCACAGGAAUUCGACCCCGACUUAGUAAUAGUCGCCUCUGGCUUUGAUGCCGCUGUGGGUGACGAGCUUGGAGGUUGUUUUGUUACGCCUACCUGCUAUGCUCACAUGACACACAUGCUUAUGACUCUUGCAAAUGGAAAGGUUGCUGUUUGCUUAGAGGGUGGUUAUAAUUUCAGAUCAAUCUCAAAGUCUGCACUCGCAGUCACGAAGACUCUUAUGGGGGACCCACCUGACCGGCUUCAUUCAACCUUCCCUUCAAAACUCGCAACGACUACUGUGAGACGUGUCAUGAUGAUUCAGUCACAAUUCUGGAGUUGCAUGUACCCGAAAGCGCCACAGGAGGAAGGACUCUGGACAGAUAGGCUACAUGAUGUUAUUCGUGCCUACCAGUCUAAACGACUCUACGAAAACUACAAGCUCACCUCACUUUACAUUUACCGAACUGCCAUCUCCAGGUCCUUCGAGAAUCAAGUUCUGGCCACGCCGAAUUAUUAUCAACGCAAUCCACUCCUGGUGAUAUUCCAUGAUCCACCAGAAAUCAUGGGAUUGCCUCACCCCGUUACGAACAAGUUGGAAGCCCACAACUGCUGGCUUGCUGAUUCCCUGAAGGACUAUAUCGGAUGGGCUGUUGGAAAAGGGUAUGCGGUGAUGGAUGUCAAUAUCCCAAAGCAUGUGACGGUCGAGCCCAACCGCCCUACAGCGACCGAGGAACUGGCUGCGUACCUCUGGGACAACUACAUUGAACCCAAUGAAGCCACGGAAAUCUUCUUUCUUGGGAUCGGCAAUGCUUUCUACGGGGUCGCCAAUCUUCUGAUCAACAGAGAUACGUUGUAUAAACGAGUGAAUGGCGUUGUAUCAUUCGUUGCCGAAAAUCCAGUUCGAGCGAUUGCCUCUCAUACUCAGGUUUGGCUGUCAAGAUGGUACAAAGAUAAUUCUCUCGUGUUCGUUUCGCACACCCAUGGCGUUUGGAACACCGAUGAAAACCGACGCAAACCAUCGAAGCGCUACGGGCACUUGAUCCAGUCAAGUAGGUCAGGAUUGAGCGAGAUGCUGAUGCAUCACAAAGAGGAGGUGUUCCAGUGGAUCGAGGAUCGAGCCGACCCACACGAGAGUGAGGAGACGGAAGAGGAAAAACAGCCACGUCGGUCUCCAACGAAGCCCGGGGAAGCUUUUGCCAAACCGACCUGA